AUGGCAUCGCCUCUCCUAAUCCCUUUCCUAACACUCCUCGCCACCUUCGUCAUCGCAACCACCACUCUAACCCUAAUAACCAAACUCUUCGGCACCAAGCAUCCACGUCACCGCCCACCGCCAGGCCCACGUCGGGUCCCGAUCAUCGGAAACCUCCACCAGCUCGUCUCCGCCCUCCCGCACCGCCGCCUCCGCGACCUGGCCCACAAGCACGGUCCCGACAUCAUGCACCUCCAGCUCGGCGAGCUGUCCCACAUCGUCAUCUCCUCCGCGGAAGCCGCCAGAGAAGUCAUGAAGACGCACGACGUCGUUUUCGCGUCCCGGCCUUCCAUCCUCGGCGCCGACAUCGUGGUCUACGCGGGGAAAGACCUCGCCUUCACUCCCUACAACGACUUCUACCGCAAGCUCCGCAAAACCUGCGUGGUCGAGCUCCUUGGGGCCCACCGGGUCCGUUCUUUCCGGCCCAUCAGGGAGAAGGAGGCGGCGGCGCUCGUCGACAGCCUGUCCCGUAGCGCCGCCAAAGGGGAGACCGUGGAUGUCGGGAAGGCUCUGUUCCAGCUCACCAGCCGGGCGACUCGGGGGUCGGCGUUUGGCAAGCUGGCUGGUGACGUUGACGGGGAGGAGUUCUUUAAGAUGGUGGAGAGGAUUGCUGACGUGUUGGGAGGGUUCAGGGUGUCUGACCUGUUCCCGUCGCUGACGUGGCUUCCGGUGGUGACAGGGUUUAAAAGUCAACUCAUGGAGAUUCACAGGAAGUUGGAUCGGAUGCUUGACGACAUGAUCAGUGAAUAUAAAGAGAGAAGAGCCGCCGCCGUUGCCGCUGCCGGGAAGGGAGUUGGCGGAGGAGUAGUGGAGACGGAGGAUCUGCUGGAUGUUCUCCUCAAUCUUCACGAAAGUCAGAGCCUUGAUUUCAGUUUGACCUUGGAAAACGUCAAAGCAGUCACCCUUGAGAUAUUCCUUGCUGGAGUAGAGACGUCAGCCACAGCAAUGGACUGGACGAUGGCGGAACUCGUGAGAGACCCUAGAGUGAUGCGAAUCGCACAAGAAGAAGUUAGACGAGUGUAUCGUGGAAAGCAUGUCGUUGAUGAAUCAAGUGUCCAUGAAUUGGAAUAUUUGGACAUGGUUAUCCAAGAAAGUUUAAGAUUGCAUCCGCCACUUCCGUUACUUCUCCCAAGAGAAAGCACCGAGCAGGUGCAGGUCAUGGGGUACGAUAUUCCACCCAAAACAAAAGUAAUCGUCAACGGCUGGGCGAUCGGGAGAGAUCCUCGUUACUGGGGCGCAGAUGCCGAGAAAUUUUAUCCAGAGAGAUUCCUUAAAAGCACGAGCAACUACAAGGGGACGGAUCAUUUCGACUUUAUUCCCUUCGGAGCCGGAAGGAGGAUGUGUCCUGGAAUUUUAUACGGAACAUCGGUUGUUAAACUUACUCUGGCGAAUCUGCUCUUUCAUUUCGACUGGAAGCUUCCCGAUGGAUCGAAGCCCGAGGACUUGGACAUGACUGAGCGUUUUGGAUCUUCGGCCAGAAGAGAAUGCAACCUGUGUUUGAUUCCCGUUGCAUAUGACGCGAUGUAA